UAUCAUUUCCAUAUGCCAUCAGAACAUCAUAUUGAAGGCAGAGAUUUAUUAAUGGAAGGACAUUGGGUAUUCAAAACCUUGUCUAAUCCAGGUGCAAAACUUGCCGUUCUAGGGGUUCUUUUUGACCUUGGUGAACAUGAAAAUCCUGGUUUGAAGCCUAUUGUAAAUAUAAUUGAUAAUAAACCAUUAGAAGUCAAUGAACAUGUUAACAUAACAAUAGCAUUAACCGAACAAAUAUUUAAGAAGGUUAAAACUGCUUAUAGUUAUAUCGGUAGUUUAACCACACCACCAUGUACCGAAGAUAUUAAUUGGUUUGUUUCUUCAGAUGUGCAAAGUAUUAGUCCAUCCCAAUUUAAAUCAUUAAAGUAUGUAUUGAAAUACAACGCCCGAUUUACACAAAAACGUCUUGAUAUUGGUGAACCAAAAUCACACGAACCGUGGAAGCCUAUGAUCUCACAUUGA